UCUCUCGUUACGUUCAGAAUUUUUGUUACAGAAAAGGGAUAAUACCCAAACGGAAGGUGAUGAUGAACCCAUUGCUAACACUGAAUCCCUUGCUGAAUGCCAUGGAACGCAGCAAAGGAAAAUACACAAAUAAUUUUUGGUGAUACAAUGAAGGGGCACAGAGCUGGGCAAGAGAAAGCAGCGCCUUUGGGGAUUUCUUUUACGGCCAAGUGGCAGUUUAUAGGUGACAAGUGUAUCAUCUGAACCUUUUUAACUCCACUGCUGAAACCUCUCUCAAUUAACGAAUUAAUCAAAAAUCUCCCCAUCUUCAGCGAGAUCAGAAGUCUCAUCUCCAUAAUUUGGGUCUAAGUUUCUCUAACCCCAUCUUCAGGCAAUUGAAUGGGAUUUUAAAACCCUGGUCAAAUGUGUUGUAGCUUAUGCGCAGGACUCCAACUAAUGGAUCGAAGGAAAAGCCUUCGUAAAAAAGCGGCAGCUGAAGGUGCUAAUAACAUUAACAGACUCCAACUUACGAAUCGAAGGAAAAGCCUUCGCAAAAAAGUGGCAGUUGAAGGUGCUAAUGACAUUGACAGCAGCUAUAUUCACCCUCAGAAGUUUAGGGAUAAAAGUGCGACAGUAAUAAAUCACUCAAGCUUGCUGCUACUAGCCGAAGUACGGAACCUGCUGUCUGUUGAUGAGCAAGCCAUAUUUAAGGGUACAGCAAUCGGCCAUCUACUUUCGGUGCCGGAUGAUUCCAAGUUUAGCGGCACCAUAGUGCAUUUCUUACUUUCGAGGGAGAUUCAAUUGGAUGAUAAACCAGAAAAAAUGCACUUUAAGGUUGGUGGAAAAGUAUUGCAUUUUGGCAAGAGAGAAUUUGCUUUGAUUACAGGGCUUAGUUUCAACAAAUCCGAGAAAUUUUUUAUAUCGUCCCUCAAUCCUUCAUCCCUGAUGAGGAAGCAUUUCCCCAACCAAGAUCAUGUAAGUGCAUCAGAAGUGAAGGAUCUCCUCUCCAAAAACAAUUCUGCUUGCCCUUCUCUAGACAGAGUGAAGUUGGCAUUACUUUUGGUUGUACACAAUUUCCUAAUGAGCCGUCAAUAUAGACAAGCCAUAAACAUUAGUUAUUGGCAUUUAGUUGAUGACUUGGAGGAAUUUAACAAGUACCCUUGGGGUGAAGUAACAUUUGCUAGGAUUUCGAAAUUUAGACUACCACUAAUUUAUCAAGCCAACAAAGAGAACAGUGGUGCUGGUGGGGAACCGAGUUACACGGUGGUUGGAAUUGCACAUGCUUUGGUGGUUUGGGCUCUCGCUAUCAUGCCUGGGCUGCUUAAUCUGUGUGGACGAAAGAUAGAGAGUAGAAGCUGGCAACCUCAUAUGCUUUGUGUGUUAUGCACGAAAUCUCCUUUCUACCCCUCUCUUAUUCAAAUAUUGGACGUGAAUGAUGUUCAUGUCUGUUCAGAUAUGAUGUGGCAAAAGGGUGAUGGGAAUCAGUUAAUAAUGCUUGGGUUAGAAGAAGGUACUACCGAGUCAAGUUCUUCUAUCCAGACAGAGAAAGAAAAACAUGAACACCAUGUGGAAGAAUCGUCUCUGAGGGACUCUUUCCAUGAGAAGAAAGACUGCGAUCAAGGCCAUGAAGUCCCAGAACAGGCUCCUGACUUUCUUUCCAAAAAGAGAGAGAUAAGUACAGAAGAGUCUCGCCCUGGUGAAGGAAAGGGAAUUAGUAAUUAUGAACCUGAACAUCUUCCUUCAUCAGAACAUAUAACUAUACCUGCCAUCCCUAUCCUCCAGACAGAUUGGGAGUCGUCUCCAGAUAGAGACGCGGCUCGCUGUUUGGUGGAUCUGGCUUCUGCCUCGCCGUCCAAAAAGAGAAAGAUCAGUGCGGAAGAAUCUCUCCCUUGUGAACGAAAUGGCAUUUGUAAUUAUGAAUCUGAACAUCUGCCUUCAUCAGAACCUAUAAGGCCUUCCAACCGCAUCCUCCAGGAAUCUGUGGCAAAAGAGAAUGAGAAUGACGUACUCGACAGUAGUGGGAAGGACUCGCGUGGCAAGGAUGUAUCCAAAGGAAAUAUAUCAUUUUGCUCUGAAGCAAAAACUACAGGGAAUAUAUCAUCUUGUUCUGGAGCAGAAACUACGGGAGCUGAAUCACUUGAAGUGGGUGAGCUUGUUGAGGGGCCUGCCGAUGCUACAACAAAUAUAUCCUCCUUUAAGGGCCUACCGACUGCCGAUUCCACCUUGUUGAAUAUUUUGACUUCGAUAGAUAUCAUUCCUUACCCCCCAGGGUUUCCAAGGGCUUCAGCUCAAGAGAGAGCUGAAGGGUUUGAAUAUGUGGACAAUUUCAAGAUCCCAGAAGAGUAUGUAACUUUGUACAAGAAGAUCUAUGAAAAGCAUGGGCAUAUGGCGACUAAAAAAGUCGUCAAGUUCAAUGAUGAUAUGCUACUCACAUGUGUUGCCAGUUUAUUGAAGAUCAUCUCGGCAAUGGAAUAUGUGCGUGGUUCAGAAUUGAGUGAAGCUUUGCUGGAGAGAUGGGAAGGAUUCCUCGAAGAUGCUGAGACCUUGGAAUUCAAUAUUAAGUGGCUUCGUGAAGGACUCAAUCGACUUAAGAACCAUUGGAGGUCUUCAUUUGGGAUAGAUAGAGAAGUUGAAAGCCAUGCACAAGUACUGGAUGCGAUGCAGGUCAAAUAUGUUAGCCUGUCGACAAGAGAAGACGAGCUAAAUGCUGAACUCUCAGAGGUAAAAAUCCAGAAAAAAAAAGCUGAAGCAAUGAUUUCAUUUGAGCGAAAAGCUAUUCAAGAAAAACUGAGUCAGAAAAUAAAAUUACAGAAUGAAUCUGUUGCAGAAAUAGUGCUUAGUUGAAUUUGUAUACUUACUUGUUCAAAGGUUAUUAUGAUGCGAUGAAAGAAGCAGUUUUAUUAGCCAGAGAACUUGCCAAGUUUGUAAAAUUGCUUAGGCAAUGAUGUACAGUCUGUCUGUCUUGUAAAUGGGUGUUUGACAGCUUGCCAAAUUUGUAAUAUAUAGUAGCAUGGGUAGUGUGCUGAAAUAAAAAAAAAAAAAAAAAA